AUGACCUUCUGGGGAAACUUUGCAAAAACUGGAAAUCCAAAUGAAGGUCAGGACAAUGAUCCUAUCAGGGCCGGCAGACAAGAAAGAACACGAUUGAAGAACAUCGAAUGGACAGCAUACGAAGCAGUUCACAAGAAAUAUCUAAGCAUAGACAUAAAAUCAAAACUAAAGAACCAUUACCGAGCGCAUAGGUUAUCCUUUUGGCUAAACUUAGUGCCAGACCUUCACCGUCCUGGAGGAGAAGAAGUGCCUCCUUCUCAUCAUCAAUUAGAAAACGAAGAAACGUCCCUUCAGCCAACACUCAAAACAUUCAAUCCUCCGUUGAAAAAGAUAACCGAAAUCGUCACCGAAACUGGCUUAGCCACUAGAAUUCCCAUUAUAAACGUUUUAAAUAUUACUUCGCCUUUAAACUUCAAUAUAAUUGGAUUAAAUGCCCCGACUCAAAGCAGUUCAGGAUCUGAAGUACACAAAUCCGACACUUCUACUACUUCUCCUCCCGAAGACGGUUUCGCUGCCUAUUCCACUGCACUAAGUGUAACUAUUGCAAUAGGAUGCUCCUUGCUGAUAUUAAACGUUCUAAUAUUUGCUGGUGUCUACUAUCAAAGAGAUAAAACAAGAAUGAAUGGUCAAGAUCAUGCAAAUGGAGCUCAUUUGAAAAAACGUGCGGAGAAUGGACAAAUGCCGAAUAACAUUUGCGGUGAUUUAGAAGGAGCAUUAACGUACCAAACAAGUUUAAAAAAUGAUCCAGCGACAAUUUUGAGCCACCAUCAUACGCAUUCACACCAUCAAUUGCCUCCGCCUGAGUUCGCUGAUCUUCCAAGUAAUAACGUAGCCGGCAUGGCUACAUUGCCAAGAGCUCCUCCUCCACCUAAAAUUGGAAAGAAUAAUAUAAACACCUUAGCCAGUGGGCAGCUGCAAGAGAAUCAGCCGCUGCUAUCAGCACAUCAGAUGCAGAUGAUAAAUACUAGUACCCUCACAAAAAAGAAUACACAAUUAAACGCGAAGUCAAAUGUGACAAUGGAGGAGUUGAGAGUGUGA